UUUUUGAGUCUGCUGUCAAAUUUCGUCUAGUAAACACCUCGAACGACGGUCGGAUUGUGAACUUCUUAUUAGAAUUAUUAUACAGUGCCAUACAUACAGAAUCGGAAAAGAAUACAAAAAAUUGUUCAAUUUUAUUACAGAAUUCUAACAGGAAUUGCAGCUAAACUAUAACUAAAAGUGGAUUAGCUAAACAAAGCAAUAUCUAAAAUUAAAAAAAUAAUAAUAUUGUGACAAAAAAUGUGUGAAUAAUCUGUGAAUUUCUCACUGCUGAUAAACCCCAAAAAAAAAUUAGUUAUCAUGUUCCCUUCUGCAGAGGGUGACAAUACCCACAAAAAUUCAUUGUCGUUGAUGUUAUAGAAAAAAGUUUUGUUAGCCACCACCACCACCACUAGGGAGGGGUAAUGGGUAUGAUGUUUAUCAUUAACCCAUUAGUGGGCAGUGUCCCUUAUAAGGGACUCUCACAUUUUUCACUGUAGCACUUUCCAAUACUCGCUUUUUUUGUAAACAAGUAGGCUAUGCCGUUACUGACACUCCAACGAAUUAUGUUCUAUCCCAUUAAUUUAAUUUCUUGCGAGUUGUGUGUUGUAUUUUGUGCAAAAUAUGGAAAACCAAUUUGUGAAAAAACAAAAAUCUCGAGCUGGGUAAGUAAAAUUUCAAUAAAGUUAUGAUUCUGUGAAUAUUUUUGAUUGUGUUUGUAUUGUUAUUUGUAAGUUAGUGUAAUAUACUAGUUUAUGCCCAAAAAAUAAAAUAAAUUGUUGUGACACGUGCAUAAAGUGACUAUGAAUGCAACGUCCCCUAAGAGGGACACUGCGCCCGUAGUACAAUUGUAAUCCACUGAUUGAGUAAUGAAUCUUAUAUGUGCAGACUUACAGUUUCUGAAAUACUGACUGAAUUGGAUGUUAUUGGCGAUAAUGAGUUGCACGACAUUGAAAUUUACGCGAUCCCACCAAUAGAUGGUGCAGAUACUGAUGAAGAUACUGAUGGUGGUGGCCCAUAUUUGCAUAUUUGCUUGAUGGUCAGUAGUGAAUGCAUGGUUGUUAAUGAAGAAGUUACAUCCCAAUGAUGCGGCAUGUUCAACUCUUCUAAAUUGCAACAUCAUAUCUGGAAUCGUAUGGUACCCCAGAAUCAAGAGGUUUGCGCAAUAGCAAUGUCACUGCGGAUACAAGAUAUGAUGGCAGAAACCACAUUAUUGAAUAUUCAAAAACAGAUAAACGCUGUGGAUUAUGCGCCCUAAAAAUUGCUUUAAGGAAUAUCAUAAGCCAAGUGUACCCAAUGCGCAGCGUCCCUUAUAAGGGACGGUCCAUAACUCCAAAACCAUAAGCUUUUUUGAAUAAAUUAUUUUUAAAACAAAUUAACUAGACCAUUUUUAUUUGUAAUUGGUGUAAAUCGCUUAAAGAUAGUGCCCAGGGAACUUCGUCCACUAAUGGGUUAAUCAAACUCUUGUUGGAGUAGAGUAGGGUAUUUUUCCAAGUGUUUCACUAAAUAAACAAUAAGAAUUUUUCACAAUUAAAACAAAAAUAAAAACAACGAAAACAACAACAGCAACAAUAAAACGAACGGAAUAGCAGCUAAACUGGAGUUGAGACCUACGCGUUCAGCUAAUUUAAGAGUUCCAGCGUAAAAAUGAAUAUUUGCAUUGUUCUGCAUAGUGUGGCUUAAUUUGGACUGCUGAUAAGAGGCAGACCCCAUCUACACAACCACACCAGCACACAACAAAUCCCUUUAGAGUGAAAUUAAUUGUCAGACACCGUCCUGGAAAACCUCCCCCCAGAAAAACAAAAAACAAUAGAAAAAUGUUUCGUUCAUCGGCCGGUGAAAAGACUCAGUCACAAGCAACAACACCCGACUUGGAUGACUCCAUUAGUUUUUCCGAUGAUGCCAAUCCUGAUGUAGACGUUGUCGAUGUCGAUGUUGAAUCGGUGGCCACCAAAAAACCACAUUUUUUAGACUAUGAUGCCAUACCACCACCCGAUUUUAUAGAACACUUUGACAGAGCCAUGAAUUUUGGCAAUUCGACCAAAUCCAGCAACACCACCAAUCACCCUCAAAACACAAAUAAUUGCAGUGGUAGCGGCAGUGGUGAACAACUCAAAAUGGAUAAAAAAUUUGAAAAGGAUGGGGAAAUAAGUGAUUACGAACUGGCUGCUAGUGGUUAUACCAAGAAAGAAUUUACCCAAGAUGAUAAUACCCUGAAUUUGAAUAUAUCUAUGCAAAGUUCAUCGGCUUGUGGUAAACCACGUAAACAUUUCUUAGAUGAAAAUCCCAUACCUCCCGAUUACAUGAUCAACGAACAUCAGUUGCGCGAACAUCGCAGUUUGGAUAGAAACUUUGAACGUCACAAUGAACAACGUUCUGCCCUGGAUUUGCAUGGCAACUUGCCAGGCUUCAGAUCUUCCCGUGAACGUUACAAAGAUGUACCGCCAAUGGCAAGAUUACCCAAAGGCCUGGCAUGGACUCAAAGUUUUGACAGUCGCUAUGAAGGCAAUUUAAAUGCUGGCAACAAAUUAGAUGAUUUCGAGCCCAAAGUUGAAUGUGUCUAUUCUCUGCUGUCCAUGUUGGGUUCCAAUGACCCGCUGGAAAUGGCCAAGAAAUUCCAUGAGCUCUCCAAAAAUCCUGAAACUUGUAAUACCUUACGUAGAUCAGGUUGUAUACCAUUGUUAGUGCAAAUAAUUCAUGCCGACGGUGGACCCGAUGAACCGAGAAAAUGGGCGGGCAUGGCCCUGCACAAUGUAGUACACUCACAUCCAGAUGAAAAGUCAGGACGCAGAGAGGCCAAAGUCUUACGGCUAUUGGAUCAAAUAAUGGAUUAUUGCAACUUUUUGCGUACGCUCUUGCAAAGUGGUGGCGAAGCCAUUGCCGACGACGCAGACCGUCAUCCUUUGGCUGCCAUGUCCUCCCUCAUGAAGGUUAGUUUCGAUGAAGAACAUCGUCAUGCCAUGUGCGAGUUAGGUGCUUUGCAAGCCAUUCCCAGUUUAGUGCACUUGGAUCAUGCUGUGCAUGGUCCAAAGCCAGAAAAUCAAUGCUGCAACUCUUUGAGACGGUUUGCCUUGAUGGCCUUAACCAAUCUCACAUUUGGCGAUGAAAACAAUAAAGCCUUGCUCUGCAGUCAAAAGCUGUUUAUGGAAGCGCUGGUCGCUCAACUGGACUGUGCACCCGAUGAUUUGCUACAAGUGACGGCAAGCGUAUUGCGCAACCUAUCCUGGAGGGCAGAUGCUCAAAUGAAGGCGGUACUAAAUGAAAUUGGAACUGUGACGGCUUUAGCCAAGGCAGCCAUGAAGAAUAAAUGUGAGAAUACCCUAAAAGCCAUACUGUCGGCAUUGUGGAAUCUAUCGGCCCAUUGCAGCACAAACAAAGCGGAAUUUUGUGCAGUCGAGGGGGCAUUAUCCUUCAUUGUGCGCAUGCUAACCUACGAGGGUCCCAGUAAAACCUUGAAAAUUAUUGAAAAUGCUGGUGGCAUUUUGAGAAAUGUCUCCUCGCACAUUGCGGUGCGCGAGGAUUACCGCCAAAUCUUGAGGGAACACAAUUGCCUGUCGAUUCUGCUGCAGCAACUGAAAUCGGAAAGUCUAACUGUGGUAAGCAAUUCUUGUGGUACUCUGUGGAAUUUGUCGGCACGUUGUCCCGAAGAUCAGAGGUUUCUGUGGGAUAAUGGUGCGGUGCCCAUGUUGAGGUCCCUAAUACACUCCAAACAUGCCAUGAUCUCUGAGGGCAGUGCCUGUGCUCUGAAAAAUCUCUUGAAUUUUCGUCCAUCUGCACAGAAUACCAACCAUUUGGACCCAAUUGCCAGAUCAUUAAAUUUGAAAAAAUUACCAACUCUCAAUGUACGAAAGCAAAAGGCAUUGGAGCAGGAGUUGGGAGCUGCUUCCAAGAAACACAGUGAAACCUGUGAUAAUCUAGAUACAGUGAAUCCAAAAGAUCGGCCAACAUAUGAUGCUACAGCUACUACCGGCUCAAGUGGUUCUUCAUCGAUGUUGCACAGACAUCGUUUUAAUUUACAUGCCGGGGCGCUAGGAUCCAUGGUAAUGGGCGGUGGUGCUUCAAGUUCUGGUCGUUUAACCCGCUCAGCUAUGCUUACCAAGAGUGAAAGUCGUGAUUCCGUCUUCUCUGCCAAAUCAGAUGGAGUUGUCUACGAUCAACUUAUGAGAUCUCAUUCGGCAUCCGAUGCCAAUCGUAAAUUGCACCAUGCAUCAUCGGUAAGACCUCCUCCAUCGGCCAGCGCCGUAUAUGCUCUACCCCGGGAUGUUGAACCCGCCGAGGAACAGCCAAUUGAUUACGCCCAGAAAUAUACCGAACACAUAAGUAAACACGGAAACUCCAGAGAGGAUCCUGAAAAUAAUGCAGCUACAUACCAGGAAACUGACUUAGAUCAGCCAACAGAUUUUAGUCUACGCUAUGCUGAAAACCAAUUGGAAUCAGAUAUAGAUUUGUCACCGCCAUCUGGACAAAAUGAUAAUGUACCGCAAGAUGUUAACCCAGCUAAUGCCGCCAACGGCCCAGCCCGUUCUAAAAACCAAACAGAAGGCAGCGAAAUACUGCUUAUAUUGGAGGACAGUGUCAAAUGCUAUCAAACCGAAGAUACUCCAUAUGUUAUAUCAAAUGCAGCUUCCGUAACAGAUUUAAGAUCUGUUCAAACUUCUGAUAAAAAUGAGGAAAAUGAUUUACCCACAGGCCUGGAGAAUCCGGAAACUCCAGCUUCAAAUGCAGGGGUGGGAGGUGUUGGUCAUAUGCCAACACGUAAAUUUAGUAGAGGUCCUCACCAGCAACCGACUCACAACUCAAAUCCAUACGGAUCAGGAUCGUAUACACCCGAAAAGCCAGUAAAUUAUUGUGAAGAAGGUACACCCGGAUACUUCAGUCGUUAUGAGUCGUUGAGCAGUUUAGAUGAAUCACCACCCCAGCCAGAGCACAAUACAACAACCAAAGAAAGACAUGAAGGAUCGAGUGUUAAGAAUACAGCUAGAGAAGAAGACACUGCUGUAUGCGUUUUGAAACCCAUAAGCAAUGAUGCUGAUAAAUCAGAUUCUCCACCAGAGCCACCAUCGUCAUCGACACUGGCUGGCGCAGCACAACCACAAAUUAAUUCCGCCUUAGAAACGCCACUUAUGUUUUCACGGCGUUCUUCAAUGGAUUCCCUGGCCGAGGAAGAUGUUGGGCCCUUGGACGACAAAAGUUCAGUGGUUAGUGAUUUCAGUCGUUUGGCUAGCGGUGUUAUAUCUCCAUCGGAAAUUCCCGAUUCACCAACACAAAGUAUGCCACAGUCACCUCGACGGAACUCAAAUACCAGUAAUAGUCAAGGGCAAGUCUGUUUCUCUGGCGGUGCUUCCCCCAAUGUACAAAGAACUUCGCAUAACCGCCCCGGCGAUAAUACCAGUAAACGUUGCCUGCGCAGUGUUUUUGAAGAUGACAUCAGCACAUUUCAUGUCGAAAAUACACCUGCUCAAUUCUCAACUGCCACGAGUUUGAGUAACCUCUCCAUGAUGGACGAAGAAGCAUCAUCCACCAACCUAUCUCCACCCCAACCGCAACCAACAGCUGCCACAACAACCAAUACCAUAUCAGAGGGUGAAGAGGAAGAGGAUGGCAAUACAAACAACAAUGAUGAUUUAUUAUUGGCAUCCUGCAUCAACAUGGGUAUGAAUAGAGCUGCAGCACCCUCAAUGUAUUCCCAACAUAACGACAACAGCUCCUCGAUAAAUAAUCCAGUUAGUGGUGGUAUGAUGGCUCAAGAUGAACCUAAGCAAUAUUACACCGAGGAUACACCAGCAUUGUUGUCCAAAGUCGGCAGCAAUACAAAUCUUUCGGCCAUAUCACUCGGUUCCAGUAAUAAUGAUGCCAAAGACGAUACCGUCUACGAGACAAUAGGUAAUUCCGUUGCUAGAAAUCAUCACCAAUCGAUCAAUAGACGUUCUUUGAAUUUAUCCGAUGACAUGUCAUCGAAUGCCUCGGAAAGUGGUGCUGCUGGCAUUGAUAUCCUCCAGCAAUGCAUUCGUGAAGGUAUGCAAAAGUCUGCUUCAGCCAAAGAAAAACCUAAAAUAUCUGAGACACCAGCAGCCAGUCACCGAUCAUUGCCGCCCAGUGUCAAUAAUAUCGAUCCCAUUGCCAUGUUGAGACGUGGUGGUAAUGUUUUGCCCCCCUAUCUGACAGGCAACGAUGAAAUGAGCAAAUACCGUGUUGAAGACAGUCCAUGCAAUUUUUCGGUAAUGUCUGGUCUUUCCAAUCUUACGGUUGGAUCUAGUCUUGUCGGCCCGGCCUUACUUAUACAUGGCGGAAACUCGGGUGCAACUUCCUCUGGCAAUAACAACAACAGUGAUAACUCCAUGGCGCCCUUAAAUGUAAGGACUUCCCAAAACUCCACGAAGCCACUAUUAAGUGCCGUUGUAGAGGAUGCUCGCAGAGAACCACAGUGGCAAGACGAUUCGUUGAGUUCACUCUCAAUCGAAUCUGAAGAUGAUACCAACUUAUUAAGUCAGGCUAUUGCCGCUGGCUGCAAUAGACCCAAAUCGAAUUUGGGUUUUACAACCAAUUUGACUUCUACGGGCAACCACAAGACCACCCCAUCGUUAUCGUCAUCACAACCGAUACCAAUUAAUGCCGCAACCUCAGCAUCCUCUCUAACAUCUCAAACAACGGCCCGUCAAUUUGAUAAGCCACAACCGCAGCCAAACGGUGCAAAACAACCAAACUAUGGCCCCAUUCUGGCCGGCAAUGAAUCAUAUAGUUCCGUAGACUCCAGUGAUUCCAAUGAUAACCAAUCGAAGUCCCUAUUCGAGCUAUGCAUACUCACGGGAAUGCAUAAGAAUCGAGAUAACAACUUGGGUGGCGGCAGCAGUUCAUCGUCGCGAAAACAUACACGCAGUUCCCAUUCACACCGGACUCAUAAAAAUGGUCAUAACGAUCAGAAUACCACCCAAUCGAAUCCCAAUUUGAAACAGUUCGAUUCAUUGCCAAUGCAAGGAAAGCAACUUACACCGAAUCGUCAUGUGAGGGAACGCGAUCGAAGGGAUGAGAAACUCUUAAUGGAAUGCAUCAAUACGGGUAUUAUGAAGAAGAUUGGUGAAUCCUGCAAACAACAAAAUCCUCCCUCGUUACUGACCCGUGAAGCCUUGGUUUUGCAUAACAACCAGCCAAAAAACGGGCAGGCUACGUCUGCAGCUGCUCAAAUGGAGGAACUAAUUCGCCCACAAAGUGCCAAAUCCAUGGACAACUCCAGUUUGUCCACAGCUACCAGCAUCAACACCACCACCACCAUCACAGCAGCUCCAGACGUAGAGAAGAACGACAACAUUUCGAACAAUCUGCAGCAAACGAUCACCAGCAACAUCAUCAGUCACGACGAAGACAUAAACGAUCAAAGAAAUCCCUUCAACUCGGAAGCGGCGCAGCACAGGAAUCCAGCAGUUCCACCAGACGAAAAUCUUCCAAGUCUCGCGAGCGAUCCAGAGAUAACGAACGGUAUUGGGUGUAAAUCUGAUGAACCGGAAGAUACUCAAAUGCAAAGUGAUGAGUCUAAUCAGUCAUUUAUAAUGGAGACCACAGUGUCACUAGAAUCACGAACAAAUGAUAAUAGUCCAGAAAAACCUCUGGAAAAUGAAAAGCACAAAGAUCCGGACUUGAUGUUGAAAUCGGUGGAGAGGUUAACUCUAGAGUUUGUCUCCUCGGCCGAACAAUUACGUACUAAUAGCACUGGUCCAGCUAUUAUACAUCAUAACUUUAUCAAUGUCACUGUGGCCAAUGACAGUGCUGGCGAUUGUACAACAACAACAGCUUCGAUUUCCAAUGACACUUGGGAUGAAGACACUUGCCCCAAUGAUGUAAGUUUUCCCAGUGUUAGCAUAUCGGCACCCAAGGUUAUCUCAAUCACCUAUGACGAAGAUGAUGAAGAUCAAGCCACCACAGCCGAUUAUAAGGAGCUAAACGAUUUUGCCGAGAACACACCGAAUAUUGAUGAAUUACCACCUCCCGAUUUAUCUUUAGAUUUCGACAAUAUUGGUGUAAAUCAGGCCAAUGGAAAUGGUUACAAUUAUGAUUCUCAGCCAUCAUCCAUGGACUGUUAUACUGACAAGACGUUGGUCAAUGAAAACGUCUCGUCUACUAAAACAGACAAUGGAGAUGACGGUAAGAAAGACCGGAAAGAUAACCCGGAAUCCGAAAUGGAAAACUCUUCGUGUGGCCUCAAUUUUAAAUUGGGUGGCAUAGUGCAGACAGCUGCCGCUGCUCCAUCUUUGUGCUUCAAUGUCAAUGCAAUGACAAAUUCGACUUUCAUAGCCCAAGAAGCCAGAAAGCUUGCUAACAACUUGCAAGCGCCCGAUACUGAUGGAGAAGAGGAAUUAACCUUUAGCAUUAACAGUCUUGAUCUGGAUAAUAUUAGGCCGCCAUCCGGAAUGGAUUCACUAAAUAUUUCUGGCUAUUAUCAGGAUUCCCAUACACAGCCAAAUUCAUUGCAAAACUCUCCGCAAAUGUAUUUCAAAUCGCCUAAAUUUCCACGAAAAACAUUGCCUGCUGGUUUGGUAGCGCGAAGAGCAUUGGGGCAAAUGCCUCCUCAUCUAAGCGGAAGUGCCGAGUCGGUGAAUUCUUCUUGUAAUUUACUGCUGGAUAACAUAAAGCCGCCAAGUUUGAUGGAUGAGCUUUUGGAUUCAAUGAUAAGCGUUUCGAGUAUACAAUCUGAAAUAGCUGAUGACUGUGCGAGCAUGGCCACAACAGUCACUGUAUCGAAUUAUGAAACUGCUAAUGGCGGUGUAACGUUGGGCUGUGAGGAUGGUGAUACCAUUACUUUACGUAGCUACAGCGAAGAUCAAUUGCCCCGUGAUGAUGAACAGCAUACCUAUAAUGAUGGAACUAUAACACCAUUACCAUCAGAUUAUGACUUCAGUUCAGCAGAAAGUACACCAAAAAAAUCGUACUCGGCCUCUCCAAGUAUGGGACUAAGAAAUCUGACACCCAAACAAAAGCGACAAGUGGUAAAGGAUCGCUAUCGUACCUACACCAUUGACGGAGAAAUGAGUGAAGAGUUGAGAAGAAAAAUCGAAGAAUCACAAAAAGACGAGACCCUACAAAUUGAAAUAACAAGCUAUGAUGAGAGAAAUGCGACAACCUCAGUGGAGAAUGGAAAGUACGAUGAUGACGAUGGACAGAAACAAGAUAGUGAUUUGCAAAAUACACCACGUAGCCGAAGAAGAUCCAGCCAAGAACGUUAUAGAACUCAAACGAUAUCGUAUUCCGAUUUACAGGCUCAUAUAACUCAAGGAACCAAUUAUACGGACAUAACCUCAAAUUAUACAUUCACCAGUGAUAAUGUUGCAACAUCAGACAAUGAAACGAAUACACGAUUAGAUCAAGAUUUAACCAGUUUGGAAUACGAUCAAAAUUCUGAAACCGAAUCAUGUCAUAAUUUUGAAACAAAACCACAUGUAUUGACCGAUUGUGAGGAGGAACAAGAAUUGGAAGAUGCUGAAAUGGAAAUUGUCGAAAAACAAAGUGUGGUUAGGCCUAGAAUUGUAAUACCCGGUGAAAGUACGGCUAUUAAUGAUGAGAGUACAGAAAACGGCGACGAAGAACAUGCGUCUCCCGUCAAAACAAUUAGAGGGGGUAAAAAACCACAAUAUGUCUCUCCCUAUAGUAUGAAAUUCCAAAAAACCAUUGACACAUCUAAGACAACAAAAGCACAAGGGCCUACCACAGGCACAGCUACAAAACCUAAUGGACAAUUAAGAAAGCCUAAUGGAGCCUCAGUGGCCUCAACAAAUACAAAAUUGGCCCAGAAGAAACCUCUCAAGGAUGCUGCAAAAGAUAAGGCCCAGGAUGUAGCUGCACCUGUUCCACCUUUGGAACGUCAAGGCACAUUUGUAAAAGAUGAACCAUCUGUGGAUGCAUCAACGGUGCCGGUAGUUGAAACUAGUCCAAAGAAAUCGAAACUAUCAAAGCUGCCAAUGAAACGCCAAUUGUCUUCCUCCAGCAACACAUCGCCACAGAAGACAGCCAACACACGCAAGCUGCCAACAUCAGCCAAUUCUUCUUCUUCAUCAUUAUCAGCCACAAACAAACGCAACUUUGGCGGUUCCAUUACAAAACCUCAACGGGCAAAUAGUAAUGUCAACAUAAGGGUAACUACCAAUGCUGCCCGCAUAGCGGUAUUAUCAACAAGGGUUUCAACCACCACACCUCCAUCGCGUAGCAAUUCAACAUUGAACUCAGCCAAUGCUGCAGUUACAGCAGCUCAAAAUGCUGCUGCAAAAAUCAAUCAAGCUCAAUCACGCAUUGCUGGCAUUUGGCGUAGAGUGGAUGAGGCAAAGAACAGACAACAAACAACGACAAAAAUCAACAACAACAACACAAAAGGAUCUCAGUUAAGUGGAAAGACAACAACUACGGCACAAGCCGCCUCAUCGCCCCGGCCUGGUACGCUUGUACGUAGCACAACGUUUGAUAACUCACCACCAUUGACUACGGUAGUAGCGGCGAAACCCAAAGCUGGUGUGGGUAAUGUUGCUGCUACUGGUCCCGGUAAAUCAAAUGGUGGAUCAGUGGCAUCAACGAAAAUUGCCAUGGCACAAAGACAAAUUUUGGGCAUACGAAAAUAAUUUUUAACAAAGAAAGGUCACGAGGUGAGGGAUUAACUUUGAUUUGAAAUCGUUAAUGGCUAUUUUUUUUAAUGUGGAGUAGCAUUAAAUCAGUUUGUUUUAAUCUCGUUAAGCAUUUUUAACAAUAUUAAUUGUGUUUUCUGAAAUAUUUAUACGCAGGUUAUUACAACCUUGUGAUUCAUAUAAAAAAGUAUUACUUGAAUCCAAAGAAUUUCACAUAAAUUGGAAGAAGCAAGGAAGAGCAAUAAAUAAAGUUAAUGAAUUUCUGGAAAAAAAUAACAAUACGAAUCAUUUAUCAUUUGUGUAAAACAAAAGUAAUUAUUAAACUAUAAACGUCUCUACAUCCAAGCAACUAGCUGUCAUAAAGAUGUGGUUCAAUGUAUUUUGAAAAUUUUUUUCACAGUCAUAUUGAAAGUAUUUUAAAAUUAAAUUAAAAUGCUGCUUAACAUUUCCAACUGACUCUUGUAUGCGACACAAUUUUACAAUUGUUUAUAGUAAACACAAAAACUUUAGACCACCAACAUUUCACCUACAGCUCCUCCACAUAACAAUAAUCGUAAAAUAAACCUGAAAUUAAAACAAAUUAAAUCAUUAAAUGGUUACUAAUUCAGUGUGGUAGUGAACAUAAAACUUCUUAUAUACAAACUUAUAUCUAUCUACAAACAUACAUAUUAUGCAACGCACAUUUUAUUAAGAGGUAACAAUUACUCAAAGAUGAAAAGACUUGGAUUUUUGCAUAGGAAAUACUGAAGACAAAAAUAUAUUAAAAAAAACACAAGAUAAUGGCGGUAGGGUAGGAUCUAACAUGAAAUUACAAACUUUUUAAACAAUAAAUAUAAAAUCAAAAUAUGUAUAUCUACUGGUCCCUCAGUCCACCCAUUAAGGCCUUCAAAAUAAAACACAAAAUGAAUCAAAUUUGAUUGGUGAACUCCUAAUACAAAAAAAAACAUGAAAUGGAAUCCUAACAUAAACAAAUUUAGAAGUAUUAUAUUAAUAUAUUUAAAAAAAAAACAAGAUGUAAUUUGUAGAAUAUAUAUACGUAGAAACUGUGGAUGAUGGCCUCUAUACUAGAUCUUUGAUGAGGCCCAAAAAAUUAUCCACAUAAACAAAACAAAAAAGAAAACAUUUAUGUAUAACUUGAAACAAUAAAGUCACAUAGGAAGAUAUUUUUUCUUUGAAACUUCAGCCAAAUGUAUUUAAAAUUUUUAAUUAUUAACGUUAUUAUUAUAUUGAUUACAUAAAACAACAACAAAAACUACUUAAAUAAAGAAUAUGAAAACGAAA